AUGGCAGGAAUUGUAAACCUAAGUAUAGGAGGCCCGUCGUCAAUCCUAACCACGUCACGCCGUUCCCAAUUCACCAAACAGUUGGACUCUGUUGACCAAAAAUGGAGUAAUUUGCAGCACAAACUCAACACCAACGCCAGAUUCACUUGCCUCUUCUCAGACAAUAACAAAAAAGAGGAUCAAGCUAGAAAGGCAUUAGAAGGUGCACUAAGUGGGAAGAAGGUUGAAUUUCAGAAGUGGGACAAAGAAAUCAAAAGACGAGAAGAGGUAGGAGGUGGAGGAGGUGGCACCAGUGGUGGUGGAGGAGGUUGGUUUGGGUGGGGUAGAUGGUUUGGCUGGUCUAAUGAUGAUAAUUUUUGGCACGAAGCAAAACAAGCUAGUCUUACUAUACUCGGCAUCGUUCUUGUAUAUCUCCUAGUUUCAAAAGGUGAUUUAAUCCUCGCCAGCAUCAUCAAUCCAUUGCUGUAUGGACUUCGAGGAGUGAGAAAUGGAUUCGGUCUCACAGCAUCAGGAGUUUUGACAAAUAGUUCUAACCGUGAUCAGCCUGAUUUUGACGGCUCUUUGAAGAAGGAAGGCUACAAAAGUGCUUCUGCUAAAGAGAAUGUUGUAAGAAAAUGGGGUAGUGAUUAG